UGUGUGUAUAUAAAGAUGGAUGUUGGGGACUCAGCAAAUUCAGAAAGAGACUGGAGUGAAAGAGAGACGGAAAUAAGAUUAAUAAAGUGAAUGAGGAGUGAUGGAGAAGGGGGAAGGAGAAGGACUGCAAACUUUAGCCAUAGUUCUGCUGCUGUGUGGAGCCCUGAAACUCCUGCACACACUGGGACUCAUCAGCACUGAGGAUAAGCUGGAUGAUGAUCUGGAGCUGUCGAUAGUUUGUCAUCGUCCUGAAGGUCUGGAGCAGCUGGAAGCUCAAACUAACUUCAACAAGAAAGAGCUGCAAGUGCUGUACAGGGGCUUCAAGAACGAGUGUCCCAGCGGGGUUGUCAAUGAGGAGACGUUCAAGCAGAUCUACUCUCAGUUCUUUCCUCAUGGAGACGCCAGCACAUACGCGCAUUACCUGUUCAACGCAUUUGACUCUUCCCACAACGGAUCCAUCAAAUUUGAGGACUUUGUAACGGCUCUGUCCAUCUUACUGAGAGGAACCACAACAGAGAAGCUGGAGUGGACCUUCAACCUGUACGACAUCAACAGAGAUGGAUACAUUAACAAAGAGGAGAUGAUGGAUAUUGUGAAAGCCAUAUAUGACAUGAUGGGCCGCUUCACCUAUCCUGCGCUGAAGACAGACACACCAAAACAACACGUGGACGCUUUCUUUCAGAAGAUGGACAAGAACAGAGAUGGAGUCGUCACUCUGGAUGAAUUCAUUGUCUCCUGUACAGAGGAUGAGAACAUCAUGAGGUCUCUGCAGCUCUUCGAGAACGUGAUUUAAAGGCACAGAACAUCA